AUGGCGUGCUCAGGUUACCAACCAGACAACACCUUCUUUGUGGAAUCGGACGAGAUCAGCCAACGCAUGACCAUGCGUGAUGCUGCCCGGAUGCUUGCCCGGAACAAGCAAGAGAUGAUCGCCAAUGAGCUCUCAAGGCUGGCCUGUGAUGAGUAUCUGGAGGACAUCAUGCAGCACAUGCGUCAGAUGGAGGACGAGACAUUACCCGAUGCCAACCUGAUCGACAUGCAGCGCGAGAUCCAGUGGUAUAUGCGCCCGUAUCUCAUCGACUUCCUGGUCGAGGCUCACUCCGCCUUCUCUCUCCUCCCCGAGACCCUGUUCCUUGCGGUCAACCUUCUCGACCGAUACUGCUCGAAGCGGGUUGUCUACAAACAGCACUACCAGUUGGUCGGCAGUGCCGCCCUUCUCAUCGCUGCCAAGUACGGGGACAAGAAGGACCGGGUGCCUCAGAUCAACGAGUUGAACAACAUGUGCUGUGGUCUCUACGACGCAGGGAUGUUUACGCAGAUGGAGAUGCACGUCCUCAACACCUUGGAGUGGAACAUUGGGCAUCCGACCGUUGACUUUUUCACGAAGUUGGUCGUGGCCGAGGAGCAUGACAGCAGGGAGGUAGAGCACAUGGCGGCGUACAUCUGCGAGAUUGCUCUCUAUCACCGGGACUUCGUGUCAACAAAGCCCUCCGUCAUGGCACGGGCUUCGCUUGCUCUCGGCCGGGCCAUUCUUGGCAAGCCUGAGGUCAAUGAUGGCGAAUGGGAUCAUUCUGACAACGUGACACUACUUACCCUGUCACAGCAUCUACAUCAGCCGUCGGUCAUCCUUGCGAGAAAGUACUCGAGCCAGUAUUACUCCCGGGUCUCGGACAAACUCGCCGACUUCCUCGCCCAGCAGGCCGCCAUCGCGCGCAGAGCCGUACCGCCGUCACCACCAGCGGAGUCGACGCUUUCCAACAAGGCCCAAGACAUUUACAGCACCCCCCACAAAGGACUAGGAGCUGUUCCAGGUGUGGCUGACGGUUACAUGACGCCGCCCAUCACGCCUGAUGGCACGUGUUUCGGGCAGAACAAUGCCGCGAUGAAGGAUUACCAGAUGCCUCCUCGCUGCCCCGUCACUCCGACCCCUCAGCCGAGCCACGGGACAUUGUAUCCGCAAACGCACGUCCCACAACAGCAGCAGCCACAUACAAUGGCGGGGCCGACCUACUUUGGCGCUCCGUCUCAUAUGUCGUACUGA